AUGCUCGUCGGGCUGUCCAAGCCCGAACUCAUCUUCGUGAGAGUCACCGCAGUGCUAUUGAUAUACACAGGCCUAUUAUGCUUCGCCUACUUCGUGCUGGCCGCCCUGGCAGGCGGCGUCCCGGCCAUUGCCCACCCGUUCUCCAUUUUUAUUGAGGUUUAUGGGCUCAUUGAGAUCCUGUGGUAUUUUGCCUGGUACCUACCGUACAAGCACCGGCUCCAGAAGCCCGGCAUGGCGCCGUCACAGAUGACGAGGGAGGAGAGGAAGGCGCUGUUCACACAGGGCAUAAACCUUGUGCCAGACCUGGAAAUCUAUGUGCGUGGAUGGUUCAACAAGGCGCACAUGGAGGACAUCCGAAGAGAUAAUAUCAAAGACUGGCUGCUCUGGAGUCUGUUUGGCCGGGAGGGGAGGUACGGGGAGGACGCAGACGAGCUGGAGGAAUACAUCGUGGAGCUGGAAGAGCGGAUGGGGAUGACGUUCAAGAGAGGACGGGGUGAUGCGAAGCCCAUGAGGUUGACCUUUGAUCCCAUCGAGAUGACACACCGGAGUCUGUUGUUUUAUUCACUCACUGGCUUCGCCGACUUCUUCACGACGCUCUUCCUCUUCGCGAAAGGUUUCAGCUUCUACCGCCAACCGCACAAUACUUUCUUCAGCGUGUUCCCCUUUCGACCAAUGACCUUGAUCUCCCGGAACGAAUCCGCGGCGCCCGCGAUGUCCUAUUUCUACCGCCCACACAAGUCAAAAACACACCGGCCUAUUUUCUUUAUCCACGGCAUUGGUAUCGGCAUGGCACCCUACCUGCUGUGGGUGAACUCGGUCCCCAGAGACGUCGGCAUAAUCGCCAUCGAGCUCCUCCCGGUGUCGAACAAGAUCUGCCCGCCGAUGCCGUCCUCAGCGGACCUCGUAGACUCCAUCAGCAGGAUCCUGGCGCAGCACGGCCUCGAGUACGACAGCUUCGUCUUCGUGGGCAACUCGUACGGAACGCUGCUCCUCUCGCCGAUGCUGAAGCGGCCGGGCCUCGCGGCCAAGAUCUCAUCCGUCGUCCUGGUCGACCCGGUCUCGCUGCUGCUGCACCUCCCCGACGUGGCCUGGAACUUCACGCGGCGGCGGCCGCGCACGGGGCCAGAGUGGGAGAUAUUCUACGGCGCUUCGACGGACCCCAUGGUGGCGCACACGCUGGCGCGGAGGUUCGAUUUCAAGGACGCGAUCCUAUGGCGUGAUGAACUCAAGGGCCGGCGCGCCACCGUCAUCCUAGGAAGUCGGGACUGCGUCACGAACCCCAUGGCGGUGGCGAGCUAUGUCUACUAUGGAGAUGUGGAUAUCCAUGACUUCACGGAGCAGCGGAUCGACGAAUGGAAGAACACGCCGAACCUCUGGACGGGUCAGUGGGAGAUUGAGCUGAUAUACAUGGAUGGCCUAGACCAUGGCCAAAGUUUUUUGAAGCCGAGCUGCGUACCCAGAGUGCAGAAGGUCAUUGAUACGUACUGCUGGAGGGACGAGUCGGGCGGCGAAUUUAGGAAGAGCACCGGUGACUACGAGAGCAGUUGA